AUGGCCGACAGCACCGCAGCUCUCACAGAGCAACAGAAUGUCAGCGACUGGGCAGCGGCUUUUCAGUCAAAAUUCAACGCCGUAUGCAGACGACCCUCUCACACCCAGCUGGAUUACCCGGAUGCCCCUUCUCCAACACGGAAGUGGGGGAAACCCGAAAUUGUGAAUCUACAGAGACCUGACUCACCUUCUGGUCCACCACAAGCAUUUCCCAUACGGGACGCCACAAGCAAGCAAAGCCGAGGGGAGCCCCGAGCAGCACGGCAGAGAUCAUCACCGCAGCCGAUACGCCGGGCCACUGUAGCAGUUCUACGGGUGCGCCUGAGCCUCCCUCACUGA